GAUCCGGACCGACUCACAGGACGCAGCCAGGACCGCAGCCGGCCACAGAGCGCAGGACACGGCCAGCAGAGACACGGAGAGUCCCGGGGAGAGCAUGGUGGUGGAGCGUCGGUGAAGAGUCACUUCACGGAAAUUAUGAAGCUAGAAGAGUGUUUCUUUUCUGGAAACUGAACUGGAUAUUCCACUCUGCUCUGGUUUCUGGUGUUUGAACUGGACUAUCAGCUGAACCAGUGCCAUUCAGAACCAAGCCGGACCAACGCUGAACGUCUGAAGAAACAGGUUCAUUCCAGCCUGGUCUAGUUCCGUCUGGUUCAUUCCAGCCUGGUCCAGUCAUGCAGUCCUUGACCGAGGAGAUCCAGAGUUUCUCUCGAACGCGGCUGAGGAAGCAGUGCACCCGCGUGACGUCACUGAGCGGCCGCCGCAUCAUCGAGACCUGGAAGGGUUCUACGAUCACUGUGGUCGAAGACCCCGUUCCCCCAGAGAAGAUGCUGGGAUAUGUCCCUGACACAUCUUGGGACCUGCAGGUCGGCAUCGUCAUGCCCUACCUGCUGCUGGGUUCUCAAGAUGCUGCACAUGACUUUGGCACUCUGAAAAAACACAAGGUGUCUCACAUCCUGAACGUGGCCUUCGGGGUGGAGAACGUGUUUCCUGACCUGUUCAUCUAUAAGACCGUCAGUAUUCUGGAUCAUCCCGACGCUGACGUGCUGCUUCACAUCCAGGACUGCUGUGACUUCAUCCAGCAGGCUCGCAACGAGAAAGGUGCGGUGUUGGUCCACUGCAACGCCGGCGUGUCACGCGCACCGGCGGUGGUCAUUGGCUACCUGAUGUCAUGCGAAGGCCAGUCCUUCGACGCCGCCCUCUUGUCGGUCAAAUCGGCUCGGGCCGCCUCGUCCCCCAACCCCGGCUUCCUGGAACAACUGAGGAGCUACAAAACACCGACGAUGAACGGAUCCAAACACUGAAGGAGUGAAGAGAAAACGCUCGGGGAGCUUAGACAGUUUAACAACAUAUAAGUUUGAUUUUAAUUAAAGAAUAUUUCAUGUCAUUCCAAGAACUGAAAUUAGUAAUAAUUGGGAUUUUUACAGUGUUGGAUCUUUUUCUUCCAGAAUCCAGAAUAAUCAGAACAGAUGAUAUGACAAUGUGAUGUUGAAUACAUAUUUCCUCUCUUCCCUCCAGCGGUAUCUAUUAGAUGUGGUUCUGUUUAUCUAGGUUUGGAGACAAAAAGACAUUAUUUUCUUGUUUGCGUGUUAUUAUUGAUGAUGUCUUCUUUGUGUUUUGGCGUUGUCAUUCUCAUACUCUUGUCUGUGAUUAGAUUUUUAUCUUUGUAGGUUGGAAGGAAAUUCAUCCUGCAUUUGACAUCCCAGAAUGUUUUAUUUCUAAACAUAACAAUGAAUAAAAACUUAGAUGACAGAAGUAGAAAUGUUUGCUGUAACUGCUCACUGUUAUUACUUUAAGUAUGAAACCAUCUUUAAAUAAAAGAUAAGGCUGGUAACUAUCCAUAUAUUUAUUAGGAUCAAUAAAUCCAGAUCC